AAUAUCACCGGAUGUACUUCUCUAAUGUAUCUGAUUGGUUAAGAAUUUUGGGGAAAACCACUAGUUUAUAAAUAGUUAUAUACAUGCAGAUAAACUGUCAUGGCGGCUACAGGUGUUCUGACAGGGAGAGUGGCACUAAUAACAGGUGCUGGUAGUGGCAUUGGACGUGCAGUUUGUCAACUGUUUGCCAAGGAGGGAGCUGCAAUUGCUGCUGUAGAUUUAAGUAAAGAUGCUGCACUUCAAACAAUACAAGAUCUUCCUACAGCACCAGCAUUAAGUCACCAUGCGUACUGUGCCGAUGUCUCUGCUAGUGGAUCUGUCAGUGACCUCUUACAAAAUGUGCAAGCAUCAUUUAAUUCCCUACCAACAGUCGCUGUCAACUCAGCGGGGAUCACUAAGGACACCAUGAUGUUAAAGAUGUCCGAAGAACAAUGGGAUAAGGUCAUCAAUGUCAAUCUAAAGGGGACAUUCCUGGUUAAUCAGGCAUUAAGUAGAGCCCUGGUGUCAGCAGGAAUUAAACCAGCAUCUAUAGUCAACAUUUCUAGUAUCUCCGGAAAGUCAGGUAACCGGGGCCAAGCUAAUUAUGCCGCCUCUAAGGCUGGUGUUAUUGGAUUAACAAAAACUGCUGCCAUGGAACUUGGAGGACAUGGUAUACGAGUGAAUGCUGUUUUACCAGGAUUCACUAUAACUCCCAUGACAGAUGUAGUCCCAGAUAAAGUUAAACAAUUAGUAACAGCAAUGAUUCCACUUGGCAGAAUGGGAAAUCCAGAAGAAAUCGCUGAAGCUUGUCUGUUCCUCGCAUCAGAAAGAAGUAGUUACGUUACUGGUUGUGCCCUUGAAGUUACAGGUGGUCUGUUUGCUUAAGGCUGUAUUUCAGGGUUGUGUACAACCAAAAACCUGGUGACCUGGUGCUAGAGCUGUUACCAAAUUAUCAAAAUAGACUAUUUAUACUAAAUGUACUUAUAUAUUUUCUUGUAAUAUAUUUUCCUGUCAUUUUUAUAGUUUAUAUAUUUAUAAUGCCUUUAUUACAUGUACUUGUUGCCAUAUUGCACCAUUUUUUUUGGUAUACAAAAUAAAUAAAGGCUGUGAAUAUC